CACAUAUCAGGUUACGUAGGAACGGAUUGGGUUCUUGAAUCAAGAGGACGUUGUUGCGGACUCUGAGUUCACGACCCCUCGAUAUCGCUCUUACCUAUACUCCAUGAACAAAUUCAAUCAGAAGUAUCGCACUGCUUCCGCAAGCAAUGAUGGGCUUUUCAUUGGAACCGUAUUCCCGUGUAUCACUCGAGGAGAAUGGUCUUACUGAGGAUCCUCUCCUCCCAACCCUGGAGAAGGUAGCAGACAAUGAGAAUCGCUCGGAUGAGCGUAUGGCUUGGAAAGCACCCAUCAAGUACUUGAUUUCGUCGAAGAAAAAUCCAUGGCUUCUUCACUUGGUUAUAUUGUUGACUUACACAACAAUAUAUUUAUACAUGCAAAUCCAGCUGGUGAAAGGAACGAAGAAAAUCCAAGACCUUAUCUACACUCCAGUGAGAUCUGCCGUUGAAUUUGAGAAGAGGGUAUUUCACAUUACCCUCAAUGAUACCAACGCUUUCAAUGGCCCCCCAAGUCAAGAGCUUGAUGAUGCUUGGCACGUGCUUCUACAGAAUAUGAACAUACGACUGUCAAGUAAUGAAUUGAAAGACCUGAACAAGACAUCCGUCAUGCUUGCAGAUGGCUCUGGAGAUUACAUGGCCACCAUAGAUGCCUAUCACCAACUUCACUGUUUGCAAUAUAUCAGGCAGGUCAUUCACAAAGAUCACUACACCUUUCACGCAGCUGACGUAUCACUCAUCGAUCAUGCUGAUCACUGUAUCGAAAGUCUUCGUCAAAGUAUCAUGUGCAACCCUGACCUCUCCAUCCUGACCUAUAAAUGGUUGCCCAACAUUCGAGGCCCAUGGCCCGACUUCGAGACAGAGCACCAAUGCGUCAAUUGGGAUAAGAUAGAUGCCUGGUCCGGGCAGCGCGCGUUCAACAUGUUCGACCCGAAAUUCUUGGUUCAUCCCACCCUUGGACCAACCUUUGGAAAACCAACUUCGGGAGACGCUUGAAGGAAGAGGGUGAUUCCGGCAGACUGUCGCUGGAUAGGGCCGAACGGAGGGACCAACAGAGAGAUCAAAACAAGUCAUUCAGUGGUAAAUGAUCUGUUUAAUGCAUUAAAUUACUUCGUAAGUUAACAUUCAACUGCCGAAUGGAGGG